AUGACAACCACUGAAAAGGCUUAUAUGGUUGCAAACGUUUUUGCGAUUCUAGAUGGAGGUUCCCUGGCCCUCUGGGCUCGACAAAAAUAUCCAGAGCUGAUUGCUGGUGCUGUCGGUAGCUCACCACUGCUACAGCCAAAAGUUGAUUUUUGGGAAUAUAUAGAAAUGGCUGAACAAGUAUAUCGUAGACAUGACAACAAAUGUGGCCAGAAUAUACAAAUUGCAUUUGCACAGGUGAUCGACAUGCUGAACACCAAACUUGGCCGAGAACAAUUGUCCGAAUUUUUCAAGUGA